AUGGCAUGCAAAUCAGCUUUACCUGAAAAUUACGGUCACACUCCAACUUCACUCUCUGACGUUCCGACAUCUGAAGCCCACACAAAUGAGAGCGAAGUUACUGAUCUGCUUGGCGUAAUUUAUGAGAUUUUUCAUGCAAUGUUGCUUGUAGACUGUUAUAGAAGUGGUGCUUCAAUCAGUUCUAAUAAUGCACUGAAAUGUUCACUCUGUAUAAGAAGUAAAAUAAAAGCAACUCACAAUGAGCUGAUGAUGUUUAGUGUGAAAGCUACAUGUAACAGAUUGGUGUUGUUUAUGGAUUAUCUAAGAGGACAAGGGAUGCCUGCAUUACAACAUCUGAUUUGUAAAAUGCAAACUUUGGAAAAAGAGAGUCAUCUGGCUAUUCAAGAAGUAGAUGAAAGCAACAAUAAAAAGACUUCAGCACUGUGGCUAGACCCCAGUACUCCUGAUUGUGUGACAAUUUUAUCGGAAAAACAAGAGCCAGUGAAAGAAACAGAUGACAUGAAAUCUAUUAUACAGAUGCGGGUUUUUAUGCAUAAAAGUUCUAUCACCCUAUGUAGCAUUGAGAUCUGCGAUUUAUUGGAAAGAAUCAAGUUUAUAAACCCACAAGUUGAGUUAUCAUUCAUGAUGAAUCAAGGGAUUUCAUUUGAGCUGACUCUAUGCAGAUUUCCUUGUAAUAUGAAAAUUGUUAAUGAAAAUUUAGAUUUGUCACCUCAUACAUUAGUUGAAUGGCAACACUUUGGAUUUCAAGUGAAAAAACACUUUAAAAGUUCAUCAUACACAACAGAGUGCUCGGCCAGAAUGUUUCAUACAGAGAGGUUACCCAAAUGGACAGAGGAGUGUGAGCUAUUCAACUUAACACUUGCUUUUGUCAUUACUGGUGAUGAUGUUCUGAGCAACCAAAAUCAACUGAGUAUUUCAAAAAACGACAUUCCGCAAAAUGAACAAAGGAAAGUACUGUAUUGUUUGAGUAAAGGUACUUAUUCCAUAUUUCAAGAGUCUGCCAAAUCAAGCUUAGAUGAGCUGUUUGGCAAAUCAAAAGAAAAUCAAGAGGAAGUGUGUUCUAAAAAUUCUGACGAGGAUAUAUUUGUCAAGAUGAUCCCAGAAAUCACAAAUUCUCUUGUUGAUAUCUUCACCAGAAGCACAAAUACAGAUUUUAGAUCAGAAGUUAACAAUUUAGUCCCUACUUCUUCAAGGAUCACUAUGUGUAACCAUAUUGAGAGAAAACUCUGGAAUGUGAUAAAAAAGCCAGUGCCUUUCAAUAGCCCAGAGCUACCCACCCAUAGUGAUGUCCUUGUUCCCAAGCCAAGUAUUCUAUCAGAAAACCAGAACCCUAAUGAUGAAAGUGAAUUGCCCAUUGAUGACUGGGAGUUUAGUGAUGACAGCCUAGAUGCUGAAGAAAUUGGAGCAUUAAGUCCAGAUAGCCUGAACUAUGAGAGUGGAGAGGAAGAUAUAUCUGAACCAGGACACUUUCAGGUCAGGAGUGAGGCUUGUACGUCAGGGAAGUUUAAUUCAUCUGAAACAGUUGGUCAGAAUUCUGCAUCUGCAGAACAAAUACAUCAUGCCAAUCAUGUCAGGAAUAGGUCUUGUACUUCAGGAAAGUUUAGUCCAUGUGAAACAGUUGGUCAGAAUUCUGAAUCUGCCAAACAAGUGUAUCAAGCUAAUAUAGAACAGGCUUUAUAUAGUAGUAGUUCUAAUAGUGAUGUUACGAAACAUGGAACUAGUAGCAAGAAGCAAACAUGUACAGGAAACACAAAUACCUACAGAGAUGAUUUAGAGGUUCCAGAAAAGCUGACAAAUGUUAGCAGGCAUAAAGAAUUUCAUAGAAAAACUUUAUCACAUGUCACGAUAAAUUCUUUUGAAAACUAUCUAGAGAAGAAAGACUCUUUUCAUCAUAAGACAUCAAAAGAGUUGACAUACCCAAUUUUAGAGAAUGAUCAAGCCCACAUUUUACACGAUCCAACAGCUGUCUUAAAUAAUAGCAACACAACAUCCAGCACUAGAAUCCCCCUGAACAACAUGAAUCAAGAUGGAAAAACUAUAACUCUGGCUCCAACUACAGAUCAGAGGCAACCCACAGGAACCCCUGUGUUUGAGAAUGCUAAAUCUACUUCUCAAUCUUUACCAAGCAUGCCAAGAAAAAGAUCCUCUGAGUUCAGCAUGAACAUGGAAGAUUCUGGAAACCCACCUGAUUCAGAUGCACUGCAUGUUCAAACAACACCUUGUGAAGACUUUAAGAAGAAAAAACUGUCAAACCUGGCUCAAUCCUUAGACCUACAUUGUAGAGAACAGUCAUGUCACUUGGAGCAGACAUUGGAUACUUCAGCUGUUCAACCCAUUCCACAAUGCUGCAAACAAGUUGAUGAGUCUGACUGGUUUGAUGAAGAUGAAGUGGCCCAAUGGUUUGCAGAGAUGGAGGACUGAUGCACUAGUUGUAACAAACAUUCACUUGUCAGAUGGGAAAUAGUGUACCUUGACAGACACAAAAAGUAUGUUUUUAUUAUUAUCUAUGAUGAAUUUUAUAUCAAGGAUAAAAGUAUGAUUUAAAAUGCUUCAAACAUUUGAUUCAUAUG